AUGGCCACAAGACUCUCCCUCACCAGUCGGGCUCGACUGCUUCGAUCCCCUCGUCUGCUCACGACUCGAUCACUGGCGACUUCUCGUGCCUCCGUACUUCCCCGGACUCCAACAAAUCUCCCUAUACCUACACCCUCGCCUCGAAUCUUGCCGAGCUCUUUCGUGCGCCAUUAUGCCAAUGGUCGUCCUCACCCUCCCGGUGGUACGCACCGCAUGGACAUGAGUGGAGAGGAAGAGAAGGCGGCAUUAGAAAAAUACGGUGUGGACUUGACCGCGAAAGCGAAGGCUGGCAAGCUGGACCCAGUCAUUGGACGAGAUGCGGAAAUUCAUCGAACCAUCCAGGUCUUAUCCAGACGCACCAAGAACAACCCGGUCCUCAUUGGACAAGCUGGUACCGGCAAAACAGCCGUCCUGGAAGGUCUGGCCCAACGAAUUGUGCAAGGGGAUGUGCCUGAGAGUAUUAAGAACAAGAAGGUGAUUUCGUUGGACCUGGGCUCCCUCAUUGCCGGUGCUAAGUUUCGCGGUGAUUUCGAAGAACGCCUGAAGUCGGUGCUGAAGGAGGUCGAAGAUGCUCAUGGUGGAGUGAUUCUCUUUAUUGAUGAGCUGCACACCUUACUAGGUCUCGGUAAGGCCGAGGGCAGCAUCGAUGCUAGUAAUCUUCUCAAGCCUGCUCUUUCCCGGGGUGAAUUGCAAUGCUGCGGCGCCACCACUUUGAACGAGUAUCGUUUGAUCGAGAAGGACGUUGCUCUAGCUAGAAGAUUCCAGCCUAUUCAAGUAGGCGAGCCUUCAGUGGCAUCCACGAUUUCCAUCCUGCGUGGCAUUAAAAACAAGUACGAAGUACACCACGGUGUUCGGAUCACAGACGGGGCCCUCAUUGCGGCCGCUACCUAUAGUAACCGAUAUAUCACUGAUCGGUUCCUACCCGAUAAGGCAAUCGAUUUGGUAGACGAGGCUGCGUCAGCACUCCGUUUGCAACAGGAAUCGAAACCAGACACGAUUCGUGAACUAGAACGUGAUAUCACCACUAUUCAGAUUGAGUUAGAAUCUCUACGCAAGGAAACAGAUGUCAGCAGCCGCGAACGACGCGAUCAGUUACAAGACACAUUGAAAACCAAACAGGAGGAGGUUGGCAAACUGACAGAAGUGUGGGAAAAGGAGAAAGCAGAGAUUGACUCGAUCAAGAAUACCAAGGAGGAAUUAGAGCGUGCACGCUUCGAACUAGACAAAGCGCAACGCGAGGGUGACUACGCACGAGCUGGAGAGCUGCGAUAUUCCACCAUCCCUGAUCUCGAAUCAAAACUUCCGAAAGAGGGUGCGGAUCAAAAGGCAGACACCUUGAUCCAUGAUUCUGUCACCCCUGACGACAUCGGCAACGUGGUUUCUCGAACAACUGGCAUUCCAGUCAACAAGCUCAUGGCCGGUGAAGUUGAGAAACUAAUUCACAUGGAAGAUACUUUGCGAAAAUCGGUCCGUGGGCAAGAUGAAGCUCUGUCUGCCGUUGCCAAUGCUGUGCGCAUGCAGAGAGCCGGCCUCAGCGGUGAAAAUCGCCCGCUGGCGUCGUUCAUGUUUCUCGGGCCAACCGGCGUGGGUAAGACGGAGCUUUGCAAGAAAAUGGCCGAAUUCCUCUUUUCUACCGAGACUGCAGUCGUACGUUUCGACAUGAGUGAAUUUCAAGAGAAGCACACAAUCAGCCGUCUUAUUGGUUCUCCUGCCGGCUAUGUUGGCUAUGACGAUGCCGGACAGCUUACUGAGGCUGUGAGACGCAAGCCAUACGCUGUUCUUCUAUUCGAUGAGUUCGAGAAGGCUCAUCGGGAUAUCUCCGCCCUUCUACUCCAGGUACUGGAUGAAGGUUUCCUCACUGAUUCCCAGGGCCACAAGGUUGACUUCAGAAACACACUGAUCGUUCUCACCUCUAACUUAGGCGCUGAUAUUCUUGUCGGCGCCGAUCCUUUGCACUCCUAUAAGGAAACUGGCGUCCCGGAGAUCCCGGCAGAUAUCAAGAAGGCAGUCAUGGAUGUUGUACAGAAUGCAUACCCACCUGAAUUCCUCAACCGAAUGGAUGAAUUCAUCAUCUUCAGGCGCCUCUCCCGGGAAGCCUUACGAGAUAUCGUCGAUAUCCGGAUCAAGGAAUUGCAGGGCCGUCUUGAUAGCCGUCGCAUGACUUUGGAAGUGGAUGGCGAAAUCAAAGACUGGCUUUGCGAGCGAGGCUAUGAUCCCAGAUUCGGUGCCCGUCCUCUCAACCGUCUGAUUUCAAAGGAGAUUGGCAACCGCCUCGCUGACAAGAUCAUUCGUGGCCAAAUCGUCUCUGGGCAGACCGCCCGUGUUUCUCUCAAUGCGGACAAGUCUUCUCUCGAAGUUUCCGUUGACCAAAUUGAGGUUCAAGACAAUGCUUGA